AUGACUAAGCCCCUAAGGACGAUCAUAAUCUUUCUGAUGUUCAGAAUUGACUGGAGAAAACUGUUUCUUGUCUGCUCAAUUCUGACCAUAGGCAGUGUCUUCAUACAGAUCUCUUCACUACCAUAUCCACUGACCCAAUGGAUUUCCCCACCACGCCUCGUGAUUUCAUCAUAUAAACCCCUCAACACUGCACUGCACUUGGGCGAGACUCAUUCUUUAGCGGUUGGGGUACCCCUUGAGACCAUUCGAGAUGCCCCUGUAGUGGUGUCGGCUAAUUCUUCUGCCAAUCCCAAUCAAUCUACAGUUAUGAGUAGGAAGGAGAGAAGGGCAUCUCGACGAAAUAGAAGGAGAAGUAACAGUGUAAAGUCAACCAACAUGCUCUCACCGCCAUCUGCACCCCGUAAAAGACUCCCUCGUCAGCUGGAGAGACAUCUAGCGUCUUUGACCCCAGAUGAGGCUCUUGUUUUUGCUAAGGCGGAUAUCGAGAAUGCUUCUCUGUCCCGUGAUGUUGAUGACGAAGAGUUAUAUGCCCCUCUGUUUCGGAACAUUUCCACUUUUAAGAGGAGCUAUGAAUGGAUGGAGUGGAUAUUAAAAGUUUACAUUUAUCCAGAUGGAGAAAGCCCGAUAUUUCAUCAGCCUCAGCUCACGGGGAUCUACUCAUCUGAAGGAUGGUUCAUGAAGCUGAUGGAAGAAAAUAGGCAGUUCACAACAAAAGACCCAGAAAAGGCUCAUCUGUUCUACCUUCCGUACAGUGCGCGCCAGUUGCAGACGGCUCUAUACGUUCCUAAUUCACAUAACCUGAGACCCUUGAUAGCAUUUUUGCGUGACUAUGUCAACAGGCUAGCUGCCAAGUACCCCUACUGGAACCGUACUCAUGGGUCUGAUCAUUUUCUUGUUGCCUGCCAUGAUUGGGGCCCGUACACACUCAAGGGCCACGAGGAGCUCAUACGCAACACCAUCAAAGCCCUGUGCAAUGCCGACGUUUCCGAGCGCAUUUUCAUCCCCGGAAAAGAUGUCUCCCUUCCCGAGACCACAAUCCGCAACCCGAAGCGGCCUCUCAGGUACAUUGGUGGCAACCGUGUCUCCCAGCGGCCAAUCCUCGCCUUCUUCGCUGGAAACCGCCACGGCCCGGUUCGACCCAUCCUCCUGAAGCACUGGAGCGACCGGGAUGAUGACAUGCGGAUAUACGGCCCGCUCCCCAACAGGGCCUCGCGAGUCAUGUCGUACCCCCAGCACAUGAAGUCGAGCAAGUACUGCCUCUGCCCCAUGGGUUUCGAGGUCAACAGCCCCAGGAUUGUGGAGGCAAUAUAUUACGAGUGUGUGCCUGGGAAUGUCAAGAGGCUGCAGAAGCAUUUUUUGUGGAAUGCAAAGCCCGUUCGCUACGACUUGUUCCACAUGAUUCUGCACUCGAUAUGGACCAGCAGGCUCAACCAGGUUCAGAUACCGCACAAAUAUCCAUCUACAGGUGAUGUUGAAUCUUAA